AUGACUGGAGCGCAAUCGGCUCGGACGUCGCAGAGACAGAGGGCGUGGACGGAAGAGGAACGGACUCACCUGCGGGAGUUGAAGGAAGAACAUCCAGACGCUACGUGGAAAUCAAUCACCGAUUUAGGCGGGUUAAGCGAAGGAGCCUCGCGGGCUGUUUUGCAAAUGCGGUCAGGAUCUAGAGAGGAAAAUGAGGAGGACUAUCAUGUUGGUGAUGGCGGAGACAACUGGAACGGUCACCGCAGGCAGUGGGGUCAGUUGCGGUUACCGCAGUCCCAAAAUCGACAAGGACGCGACCUGCCUUUGAGGGACGACCCAGACGCGCUCCGUCAACGAGUUGAGCAACUUGAGCGGCAGCUUGAAUCGGAGACAACCGCACGAAACAACGCAGAGGAGAACGUUCGCUCGCUCGCCCAAAUAGCUGACUCGUUCCGGCUAGAACUCGAGUGGUUCGUGGGGCUAGUGGGCGAGCCUAAACCGAGUGCUGAGACGGCGAAGAAGGCACGUUCGUUAUAG